AUGGUGAAAAAGCCACAUUCCUGCCCUGAGUGCGGGAAAUGUUUUUCACGCAAGUCCAGUCUUUAUAGACAUCAGAGAUGUCACACUGGGGAGAAACCAUUUUCCUGUCCUCAGUGUGGGAAAUGUUUUUCAGAGAAGUCACAUUUUUGCGGACAUCAACGAUUGCAUACGGGUGAAUAUCUGCAUUCCUGUUCUGAGUGCGGGAAAUGUUUUGUACGAAAAUCAGAGCUUGUCAGACAUCAGAGGUCUCACACGGGGGAAAAACCUUUUUUCUGUUCUGAGUGCGGGAAAUCUUUUUCACAGAAGUACAAUCUUAUUAUACAUCAGAGAUCUCAUACGGGUGAGAAGCCGUAUUCCUGUCUUGAGUGCGGGAAAUGUUUUUUACAGAAAGCAGAUCUUGUAACACAUCAGAGAUCUCACACGGGGGAAAAACCAUAUAGCUGUCCUCAGUGUGGGAAAUGUUUUUCAGAUAAAUCACAUCUUUACAAACAUCAGAGGUCUCACAUGGGGGAGAAGCCGUACGCCUGUCUUGAGUGCGGGAAAUGUUUUUCACAGAAGUCCGUUCUUAUCAAACAUCAGCGACUGCACACGGGAGAGAAGCCGUAUUCAUGUCCUGAGUGCGGGAAAUGUUUUUCAGCGAAGUUCUCUCUUUACACACAUCAGAGAUUGCACACGGGGGAAAAGCCGUAUUCCUGUCCUGAGUGUGGGAAAUGUUUUCCUCAGAAGUCCGGUCUGUACAUACACCAGAAAUCCCACACGGGGGAGAAGCCACUUUCCUGUCCUGAGUGA